CGCCCUAGCAAAGUUGCACCUCUGCCAGGCCCAAUUUGAGGAUUGCCCAUAUCAUACUUGAUAGUUACUUUGAAUCUUCAGCCUUUGUAUGCAGCUUGGACAGCGCGAGCGUGCUGAGCAAACCCACAUCAUCGCUUUGUUAGAGAGGCCCUGCGAUGAGCCUUAAACAUGCCCUCCGUCAAGCUGGAGGGCUUAUUUCAGCAGUAGCAUCCUCGAGCUCGUCCACGGGCGCGGUAUCGUUGUUCCUGAAUGGAGCUCUAGAUGUGAGGCCUGCGCUGCAUCGUUUGUUCCUCACAGCUGCUGUGCCCCAAGGCUACAUACAGACAUGGGCAGAGGUGCACGACCGCCGCGUGGAGCCGUUCAGCGUGGUGCAGCAGGAGGUGGACGUGGUGUCGGAGCGGCUCAGACACAGCGUGACCACGGGCAUUCCGGCCCUCAAAACCGCGGCCGAGUACUUCUUCCGGCGAGGCAUCGAGGGCAAGCGGCUGCGGCCGACGCUCGCGCUGCUCAUGUCCUCGGCGCUGUCCCCCGCCGCGCCCUCGCCGGAAUACCUGCAGGUGGACACGCGGCCGGCGGCGGAGCACCCGCAUGAGAUGCGGCGGCGGCAGCAGCGCCUCGCCGAGAUCGCGGAGCUCAUCCACGUGGCCAGCCUGCUUCACGAUGAUGUGAUCGAUGACGCGCAGACGCGGCGCGGCGUGCUGUCGCUCAAUACCAGCGUGGGCAACAAGACGGCCAUUCUGGCGGGCGACUUCCUGCUGGCGCGGGCCUCCGUGACGCUGGCGUCGCUGCGCAACAGUGAGAUCGUGGAGCUGAUGAGUCAGGUGCUGGAGCACCUGGUCUCGGGCGAGAUCAUGCAGAUGACCGCCACCAGCGAGCAGCUGCUGGACCUGGAGCACUACCUGGCCAAGACCUACUGCAAGACAGCCAGCCUCAUGGCAAACAGCUCGCGCUCCGUGGCGGUGCUGGCGGGUGCGGCGCCAGAGGUGUGCGACAUGGCGUGGAGCUACGGCCGCCACCUGGGCAUCGCCUUCCAGGUGGUGGAUGACCUGCUGGACCUGACCGGCAGCAGCAGCGUGCUGGGCAAGCCGGCGCUCAACGACAUGCGCAGUGGGCUGGCCACGGCGCCGGUGCUGUUUGCGGCCCAGGAGGAGCCGGCGCUGCAGGCGCUCAUUCUACGCCGCUUCAAGCACGAUGGCGAUGUCACCAAGGCCAUGUCAUUGAUAGAGCGGACACAGGGCCUGCGGCGAGCGGAGGAGCUGGCAGCGCAGCACGCCAAGGCAGCAGCGGACAUGAUUCGCUGCCUGCCCACGGCGCAGUCGGACCACGCGGAGAUCGCGCGCGAGGCGCUCAUACAGAUCACGCACCGUGUGCUGACGCGGAAGAAGUGAGAGCGCAGCAGACGCAAGGGCGGACAGCUAGUUGCAGCGCGGCUGCAGCGGCCGCACGGAAAGCAGCUGCGCGGUGUGUGUUGCGCAAACGUGUCCCAUGAGCGGCAGAGUGGCGAGUGCUGAGUUUUGCAGUGGAUGCUCGUCUUUGGCACGCCGUUACGGUGCUGUCAUGAUCACAUGAUGCAUGACAGGUUCAGGAUGAACAGCGCGUGUACAAUUAUGAAGUGUGGCAAGUGACUGGAGUGGUAGCGCUCUGGAUUGCCUGUGGAUGAAGUCCAUGGAUCAACGUUCUUGUCGUGUGUCAUCGUGCUGCGUGAUUUUCCGUGGUGGAGCUUUGCAGUACGCGCGCCGGCACACAUUCAUCACAACCAGGACGGAUUGGAAGCAGUCUUUCCAGUUCGGUGUUUACAACGGCUAGGGCCGGGGUCGACACUACGCACGGUCACGACGCUGUAUCGGUUUACCGGGGUAGCGGUGACGUAUGUGUGCUCCACAUUGCGGGGGCUUCAUGCCGAAUUCCAUGCAUCUAAUGUGUUGACGGUCGCGUAUGCCCGGCGACUUCUGUGCAUGCGACAAGUGGCCGGCCCGCCCACUCAGGCACACACUGACCGGGGCGCAGUGCAGGCGUGCAGCACUGGGCCUGGCAGGACCGCAGGCCUGUACCCAUGUAAGCGCGCGUGCUC